GCGAGAGUGUUGCUCGGAAGUCGCAGACUUGGAAGAGGAGGAUGAGGAGCCGGCGCCGUCGCGGUCGCCAUUGUUUUCGUCUUUCCGUCGGGACCUCCAGGAGCCUCGAUCGAAUGUCCGACCCUCGUUGGUCCGCCGUCCGCCCGUUCGUCGCUUAGCAUCCAGCAACAACUUUUUUUGUGUCGGGGUAUUUCAAGUGCGCCGCUUUGGAUCCCAUAGAGGUGAGUGAGGCUGCUCGUCGACAUCGACAAAACUUGAUCUGGCUGUCGGACGGUGCCAAGUCACAUCAUCGUCGAUUAUUCCAUGUUGCAACUCACAGCAAGACACUUCUUCAUCCUAUUGUGCUCACAGUGUAACUAGAAUCAACCCCCUACUGCCAAAACAGUGCCUAGGCUCUAUAAUUGUGGUAGUUGAACUUGAAUAUCUAAAAAGGGAUCUCUCCAAGUCGGAGUUGACAGUGGCAAUGCAAGUCGUCCAACGAUUGUGACACAUCCCAAUAUCCACAUGCAGUCAUUAUCGCUGAUAUGUGUAUCUCCUCGCCGCCAAGCGCCUCCAAUGCAAGUGUUGUUGUUGAUCACCAUCACCACCACACUUACUCAGGGAAUCUGAACCUCUAUGCAACUCGUCAAGUGGAACUCAUGUCUUCGACGUCAGUGAUGUAUCCCUUCAUGGACACUCCGGGGUUCAAGAUUGACCCGGGACAAGGGCCCGUCGUCUCCGCUCCGUCCUAUCCAACCUCAGUGCCAUCCUCGCAACCACCUCAUGUGACCUCGGGUUACGCCUUACCUGGGCAUCACCCAGCUCAAGCCACCUCUCAUGCAGCAUAUCACCGUGACCUCCUCUUUCGACGGGAUGUCCCCACUUUUCAUUCAAUGGAAACAGCCUCCCCCACAGUUGGACACCCAUCUGUGUUUUCCUCCGGCCUACACAGCUCAAGUGAUCCGUUCACAGGUCUUCAUGAUCCCAUGCAUGGAAUGACCGGGGCUCGUCUGGCAGCCGCCGGUAUGGCCGCCGACUGGACCACCAGUCAUCAAAUGGGCAGUGCAAAUCAGAUGUAUUCAUCGGCAUAUAUGAAUGGCAUGGGCAUGGCCGCGGCUCAUCAUGCCUCGGGGGCAUUCUUUCGAUACAUGAGACAGCCUCCGCUAAAGCACGAGGUCACUUGUAUGUGGAUCGAUCCGGAUGCACCAAUGCCAAGAAAGCCUUGUACCAAAAUGUUCGCCUCUAUGCAUGAUAUUGUCACUCACAUCACUGUGGAACACGUCGGGGGACCUGAAAUUGCCAACCACGCGUGCUAUUGGGACAAUUGUCCAAGACAAGGUCGGCCUUUUAAGGCCAAAUACAAGCUGGUGAACCACAUUCGGGUACAUACGGGGGAGAAACCAUUUCCAUGCCCGUUCCCCGGUUGUGGUAAAGUGUUUGCUCGGUCGGAAAACCUGAAAAUUCACAAGAGAACACAUACUGGUGAGAAGCCCUUCAAAUGCGAGUUUGAUGGAUGUGACAGACGAUUUGCCAAUUCCAGUGAUCGCAAGAAGCAUAGUCACGUACACACAUCGGACAAGCCGUACUUUUGCAAAGUCAAGGGAUGCGACAAGUCCUACACUCAUCCGUCCAGUUUGAGGAAGCAUAUGAAGGUCCAUGGUAAGGACGCGUGUUCUUCCUCAGCUUCCAACAAUUCCAACGGGUAUCAAUCCGAUGAAUCCGAGGAAGAGGAGCCCAUUCCCAUGGCCAGCAGUCCCAAUCUCACAUCAGUCACGCCUCACCCUAACAACACCAACUUAGUCACACCCACCUCUCAACCCCAUGAGAUUCAGGCUCAACCAUCCCAACAACAGCAGCAGCAACAACAGCAACAGCAGCAGCAACAGCAGCAACAACAACAUCCUCAACAACAGCAGCAAACCAAUUUGGAUUGGUACCACAACUGUCAUCAUCCACAGCUCCCCACGCCUCCUUCCAAUGAACAUUCGCCUUUAGGGGGCGUGGCCCCCACUCUCACCUCACUAGUGCCUCCCUUGCCGCCUCAUCACCACCACCUUCAUCACCAUAACCAUUUCAACCCUCAUAAUCAUAGUAUUGGGGGCCUUAUUGCCCAAUCGUUCUGAAGUUGAACGAGAUAUUUUUUGUCAAACUGCAAAGUGCAACUUAACUCUGAAAUCAAAGUGGUCCACAUUUUAAACAAACGAAAGCAAAAAAACCUUACUUCAACCGACCAAAACAUGUCGACACACACGAGUUUGAUACGUAAUCCACCUCGGGAUCUCAAGAAUAAAUUGUUCCUCUCUCUCUCUCUCUCUCUUUCCCUUCUUUGAAUAGACUGUAAUCAUCAUAAUAAUAAAGAACGAACAAACUUGGACAGUGUGCUAUUUCAUUGAUGUCUCAGAUGGAGAGAAGAAACACGAUGAAUAAUAACAGAAGGAGCCAGUCAAAAAUCUAAAACAAAACAACGCUGAAGAUUGAAUUUCUCGGAGAGAGACGGACGACAAAAAGGCGAUCCUUGGCUGGUCCAUCAUUGGAUGACAGACAUGCAACUGUAGUAUUUUGACAAACACAAUCAUGACGACAGUCCGACUGGUCCUGACUUUUGUCGGGUGAUUGUGGACUGGUGAUUUCUGUUUGGGCAAGCAAAGAAAUCAUUUACAAGAAAUUCAAUCCGCAAUCGGAACACUGGGCCAAAAAGGACCGCCGAGUCAUGAUGAAGACAACGUGCAAUCGCUUUUGGCAUUGAUCAUCUCACAACUUUAACGUUCAUUCACUCGUAAAAAGAACAGCAACGUAUUCACACCAAACCCAACUUAUCAGCACCUCCUUUCCCAUCCAGCACUCUCGAGUUACUUCUAUUUUUAUUAUCAUUAUUAUAAUUAUUAUCACUAUUAUCCAAAUUGUAAUGCUAGAUAGAUAAUCAAAACAAACUGGAGAUAUGAA